UAGUGAUGUAGUCUCAGCUUACUAAAGUGACAUCACUAUGUGGCGUCCUUCCGGCCACUGGCACUUCCACACACGUCCCGAUAGCGUCUGGUCAUGUCUGAUUAUAAUUAUGUUUAUAGUCUUAAUUAAUAAAUAUAUAUUGUCAUAAACGACAGUGUCAUUAUUCAUCAAAUACACAACCACAAUACAUGGUGUCAGAAGUCAAUUCAAUCAAAAAAGAAAAAUGUCUAAAAGCGAUGAAGACACGGCAAGUGGCGAGCGGCAAGAAAUGGCUUCCAAAUCGCCAAAGAAGCUCAACAUUAUGGGUAAUAUCAAGCCCAUGAGUCUAGAAGGAAAUCUGUCCACAAACUGGAAGAGAUGGUAUCAAAGUUUUGUCAUUUUUAUGAAAGCGAGCGCCAUUUUUGAUGAGCCGGAUGACCGCAAAGUGGCUGUCUUGUUGCAUUUCAUUGGCAACGAAUGUCUUGAUAUAUUCAACACUUUCAACCUAAACAUAGAAAAUGUAAAAUUUUCGCAACUGGUCGAAAAGUUUGAACAAUACUUUGUACCUAAAAGAAACAUUACAUAUGAGUGUUACAAAUUUUUCACUACAAAACAAAAAGUAGAUGAAAGUCUAGAAGAUUUCCUAACUCGUCUUAUAAAUAAGAGUAAGUCAUGUGAAUUUGGUAGUCUCCAAGAUAGAAUGAUAAAAGAUAUUUUCAUCACUAAUAUGCAUGAAACUUUUCAUCAUGUCAGAGAAAAGUUGUUACUUGAAGAAGAUCUGUCAUUAGAAAAGGCGCGAAACCUUGCUAAAAGCAUUGUGUCAGCGAAAACACAUGCAGAAGAAUUUAAGGAGUCUUCUUCCAAUGUCUUUUAUCAAUCUCAGUCAUCAACCAAACCACAGUCACGAGCGAGCUCAAAGUCAAGAGCCAGGUCGCAGUCUCAAGAUAGAACAAAGUGUACUAAAUGUGGUCAAGUGCAUAAAUACAUGUGUCCUGCUAGAUAUGCAAAGUGUAGAAAGUGCAAAAUUAGAGGACAUUAUGAAGCGUGCUAUUCACCUCGGAAAAUUCCAUUCUCACUUCAUGAUAGACUGAAGAAGGAACUAGACAACAUGGAAAGUAUGGAUGUCAUCUGUAAGGUCACUGAGCCAACAUCAUGGGUAAGUUCACUUUUAUUAGUUGAGAAAAAGAAUGGUCAACUUAGAGUCUGUCUUGAUCCAAGAAACUUAAAUGAAGCUAUAUGUCGAUCACAUUAUCCAAUACCUACUAUUGAUAAUGUACGAUCUAAGUUGCAUGGUGCAUCAUAUUUUUCUACUCUGGAUGCGAGUAGUGGAUUUUGGGUAAUCCGUCUGGACUUAGAAAGUUCAAUGUUGUGUACAUUCAAUACUCCUUUUGGUCGGUAUAGAUUUAAAAGAUUGCCAUUUGGUAUUAAUUGUGCCCCUGAAAUAUUUCAUCGUAUUAUGACUGAAACAUUUGGUGUUUUGCCUGGAGUUAUGGUCUAUGCUGAUGAUAUAUUAGUCUAUGGCAAGGAUCGUCAAGAACAUAAUAAAAAUUUACAAAGAGUAUUAAUGAAGGCACAACAAGUCAAUUUAAAAUUUAAUAAAAGUAAGUGUAAAUUUGGUCACACACAAGUCAAAUACUUAGGUCACAUAUUUUCACAACAAGGUGUGUCACCGGAUCCAGAAAAAAGUCAGGGCUAUCAAGGAUAUGCCGUCUCCUAUGUGUCUUAAGGAUCUACAAAGGUUUCUAGGUAUUUUAAAUUAUUUAGGAGCAUUUAUUAAAAACUUGUCAGAGGAAACUGAACCUCUCCGUCACUUAUUAAAAAAGUCAAGUGAAUGGCUAUGGAAUGAAAGUUAUGAAGCUAUAUAUACACGUCUUAAGAAUAUUAUUUGUCAGGCACCAGUAUUGUCACAUUAUAAUGUCAAAAAGUCAGUUCUCUUGUCAGUAGAUUCAAGUCAGUCAGCAGUCGGUGCAGUCUUGCUUCAGGAUAAUCAUCCAAUUUGCUAUGCUUCUAAAAAUUUAACGUCAAGUCAGAAACAUAUGGCACAGAUUGAAAAAGAAUUAUAUGCCAUUGUCUUUGGAUGUAUUCGUUUUCAUCAAUAUGUCUAUGGUAAAAUAGUCUCUGUCGAAACAGAUCAUCGUCCAUUAGUUACUUUAUUUAAAAAGCCUUUAGCAGAAGUUCCAACGCGUCUACAGAGGUUAAUGUUGAGAAUACAAGCUUAUGAUUUAAGAGUGGAAUACAAACCUGGUAUUAAAAUGUACAUAGCUGAUUCAUUGUCUCGAGCAGCUUUACCAGAGUCCAGUGAAGAUGAGCUGGAUGAAGAUGUCAGGGUUCAUGUCAAUAUGCUUGUUAAUCACUUACCUAUUACAGCAGAACGUCUCCAGUGGCUCACCAAGGCUACGGAACAAGAUGAAAGUCUGCAACUACUGAAGAAUUACUAUCAAAAUGGAUGGCCUGAUAGAAAAUCUGAAGUCAAUAAAUUAGUCUUACCUUAUUGGAACUGUCGUCAUGAAAUACAUGCUGUCAAAGGUCUGCUAUUAAAAGGUAACAGUCUUAUUAUACCUAAAGAGUUGAGACCAGAAAUUCUGAAAAUGAUACAUAGUGGUCAUCAAGGUAUAGAAAA